AAGUCUAUUUACAAGUUCAAUCGACAUUUUUGCGAUUCGAUUCGUUUUGAGAUUUUUCCUUUUUAAUUUUUUCGGUUUUUGUUUCAGUUUUUUAAUCGAUUAAACUUUUUUUUAAUUGCCGUAAACAGUGUUUUAGCAAUAAAAAUUAUACUCAAUCGAAUCUAUAUCGAAUAUUUUCCAAUUUUCCGCUAGUUUCAAAGUAUUAAAACGAAUUUACAAAAGAAAAUUUCGACUACUUUUUGUGCGAGUGCGAAUAAUCCUAAUUAAUUAUUAUCAAUGUUUCGAUUGAUCAAUCGAUCGAGUGUGUCGAUCGUGCGGCAAACUCAUCAACAUAUCUCGAAAUGCUUAUAUUCAAGUGAAGCGGCAAAAUAUCCGAAAAUCACCACUCAUUACACAAUUCAUCCGCGUGAUAAAGAUCCGCGUUGGAAAGAUGUGCCAAUGGAACGUGAUGCUGAUGAAGUUGACAUUGUGAUUGUCGGUGGUGGACCGGCUGGAUUGUCGGCUGCAAUUCGUGCCAAACAACUUGCGGCUGAAAAUGAGAAAGAGAUUCGUGUGUGUGUCGUUGAGAAAGCCGCUGAAGUCGGUGGUCACAUUUUAUCCGGUGCCGUUUUAGAUCCAAUCAGUUUAAAUGAAUUGUUACCAAAUUGGAAAGAAAUGGAUCAUCCACUAAAAACUCCCGUAUCACAUGAUGUAUUCUCAUUUUUAACGGAAACAAGUCGUGUGAAUAUACCAAUAUUUCCCGGUUGGCCAAUGGACAAUCGUGGCAAUUACAUUGUUCGUUUGGGUCAUGUUGUGCGAUGGUUGGGUGAAGUAGCCGAAUCAUUAGGAGUGGAAAUCUAUCCAGGUUGUGCAGCUGCCGAAGUUUUAUUCCAUGAAGAUGGCAGUGUAAAAGGUAUUGCAACAAAUGACAUGGGAAUUGGAAAAGAUGGUGCACCAAAAGAUACAUUUGCGCGUGGCAUGGAAAUUCAUGGUAAAACAACAAUUUUCGCUGAAGGAUGUCGUGGCCAUUUAACGAAACAAAUUCUCAACCGAUUUAAUUUAACCGAAAAUAGUGCACCACAAACAUAUGGCAUUGGUUUGAAAGAAGUAUGGGAAAUUUCGCCGGAAAAUCAUAAACCGGGAUUAGUUGAACAUUCAAUUGGUUGGCCAUUGGAUAAAAAUACAUAUGGUGGUUCAUUUUUGUAUCAUUUAAAUGAGGACACACCAUUGAUUGCCAUUGGUUUUGUUAUCGGUUUGGAUUAUUCAAAUCCUUGGCUUAGUCCGUAUCAAGAAUUUCAAAAAUUCAAAACACAUCCAUCGCUUCGCAAGACAUUGGAAGGUGGAACUCGUAUUGCAUACGGUGCUAGAGCGAUUAAUGAAGGUGGUUUUCAAUGUUUACCGAAAUUAACGUUCCCCGGUGGUUGCUUGACAGGAUGUUCGGCUGGAUUUUUGAAUGUACCGCGCAUCAAGGGGUCACACUACGCCAUGAAAAGUGGGAUGUUGGCAGCUGAAAGUAUUUUAGAUGAAAUUUGGUCAGAAACGCCACAACAAACAAUUGGAAUUGAACCAAAGAGCUAUUCAGACAAAAUAAAAUCGUCGUUUAUUUGGAAGGAUCUCAAGCGAGUGCGAAAUGUACGACCAUCAUUCCACACAAAUCUUGGUCUCUAUGGUGGUUUAGUGGCAUCUGGUUUCACAAUAUUUAUGGGUGGACGUGAACCAUGGACACUUUCACAUGGCGCACCAGAUCAUGCACGUUUGAAACCAAUUAAUGAAUGCAAACCCAUUGAGUAUCCAAAACCGGACAAUAAAAUUACAUUCGAUUUGCUGUCAUCGGUUGCGCUGACUGGAACAAAUCAUGAAGGCGAUCAACCAGCACAUUUAACAUUAAAAGAUGACAAAAUCCCGGUGGAUGUAAAUUUGGCUGUGUACGGAGGUCCUGAAGCUCGAUUCUGUCCAGCUGGCGUUUAUGAAUUUGUACCAAAUGAAGAAGGUGGAAACACAAAACUACAGAUUAAUGCACAGAAUUGUAUUCAUUGCAAAACAUGCGAUAUCAAGGACGUAUCACAGAAUAUUAAUUGGGUGGUGCCAGAAGGAGGCGGUGGUCCCGCAUACAAUGGAAUGUGAAUCAACAUUUUGGAUAGACACACAAAAUCCUUAUUUGUUCAUGUUAAAUUUUUUUUAAUUAUUUGCGCUAUUUGGCGCUCGAUACAUUGAAUGCGAAUUUAGUUAAUUUUUCUAAUAAAAGUCGAAAUACAAUUAACGAUCGCCAAAUUCGGCAUUUCGACUUUUUUUGUUAUUCAAGUGAAUUCUACUAACUAUCGCUACAUUCACACUUCAAAUUAAAAAAAAACGAAUGAAAUUAUAAAGUUCGAAAUUUAAUCACUCUCGUGAAAUUUGGAAUAAAAUCAGCGAAAUGAGCGAGAACAAUA